AUGGGAAUGGAUGGUUGCGACAGGUUAAGGUCAUUUGACCUUAACCAAGAACCUGAGUGUGACCGAGACACAUUCAUUGAAGAAAAUGGUGGUUCAAUAGGAGGACACGAAGAUGAGGAGGCAGAUGAAUUGGUGGGCGCAAUAGGCGUGGAUGACGUAAUGAAAUUAACAUUUGACACGGAAGAAGAAGUUAGGGAAUUCUAUAAUUUGUAUGCGAAACUAAGUAGAUUUGGGAUUCAUAAAAGUAAUGCCAAACAAGAUGCAGAUGGCAUUUCAAGAUUUAGAAAAUGGGUAUGUUGCUGUGAAGGUUACAGGAAUGAAAAGUGGUUUAAUUAUGAAGACCGGAAAAGAGAAGCAAAACCAAUCACAAGAACCGGGUGUGGGGCUUGCUUUCGCGUGAAAUAUGACAUAGAAUCGGUAAAGUAUGUGGUGACACGUUUCAUUAUGGAGCACAAUCACCCGCUGGCAUCAGAGGCAAGAUCUGUUAACCGAAUGGACGAGGAACGUAGAAAAAAUAUUUUUAAUGGUGAUGCAGAAUGGGCACUUGGGUUCUUGGCAGCGAAGAAGGAUGUCGAUGACAUGUUCUUUUAUAAAUAUCAUGUAGAUAACGAAGGAAGAUUGGCAAGGUUGUUUUGGGCAGAUUCUAAAUCUUGUGCGGACUUCAGUAUAUUUGGAGAUGUAUUAGUGUUUGAUACAACGUACAAAACAAAUAAAUACCACAAGCCACUAGUUGUACUUGCAGGGGUAGAUAACCAUUUGAACAGUACUAUUUUUUGCCGUGCACUGCUAUCAGAUGAGAGGAUUGAAACAUAUGAAUGGGUGCUAAAUACAUUUGUAGAGGCUAUGAAAGGUAGAAAGCCAGUAGCAGUGAUGACAGAUGGGGACAGUGCAAUGCGAAGAGCCAUAAAGAAUCUUCUCCCGGAUGCUUGUCACAGGCUAUGUUCGUGGCACUUGCAUAGAAAUGCACGGAGUAAUAUUCGGUGCGAGGAGUUUAAUAACAGGUUGUAUAACCUGAUGGCGAGAAAGUGUAGCACUCUUGAGUUUGAGAAUCGGUGGGUUAGGUUAGUUAAUGAAUGUGGGGUAGUAGAGAAUGAGUGGGUGAAGAAGUUGUACCGUAGGAAAAGGUUAUGGGCAGAGGCAUAUUUACGCGGUCAUUUUUUCGCAGGUAUGAGAAGUACUCAAAGGUGUGAGAAAAUGAAUGCUCUUUUAAAUGAGUACUUGAAUGAAAAAAUGCGACUAUAUGAAUUCGUUAGAAGUUUUGAUUUGGCAAUAGCAUGGCUUCGACAUACUGAGAGCAAAGCAGUUCACAAAAGCGAAAACACAAAACCAGUCUUAACCACAAUCCUAUCCGAAUUAGAGGGGAGCGCAGCGGAGAUGUUUACAAGGAAUGUGUUCUUCAUGGUGAGGAAGCAUUUGAACAGGCAAGGACUUCUAAUUUCUGAGGGCUGGAGCGAGGAGGGAGGGAGUCGUACAUAUUAUUACUCGAAAUAUGGUGGACACGAAAUAAGUUGGAGGGUGGAUUAUGAUAGGUCAAUGGAGAAACUAAUCUGCUCUUGCAUGAAAUUCGAGUCAAAGGGGAUUCCUUGUGCUCACAUGUUUCGCGUGAUGGUGGUAGAAGGAAUGAACAGGAUCCCAGAAGCAUGCAUUUCGAAGCGGUGGACAAAGGGAGUUUACUGUACUAAUAAUGGAAUGAAAGCAUUUGUUGCAGACGAACAGUUGACACAAAUGGCCUGA